AUGGCCGUCGCCGACGCGGUGCUGCCCUCGCCGCCGCCGCCGCCGCAGCCCCCGCCGGCGCGGACCGUCGUCGUGCGCUUCGCCCUUGCCUGGAUGCUGGCGCUCGGGCUCGUCCUCUGCGUCGCGGCGAAGGCCCUCGCCUGCCUGGGCUUCGCCACUGCGUGGGUCGCCUCCGCGGCCUCGGCUGCGAAGGUCGUGGCGCGCCGCGCCUGGGGCGAGGGCUCCGCUCCCUUCCUCUUCCUCCAGGCGCUCACGUACGGGGCUCUCAAGGUCUGCGUCUACAACUUCCUUGUGUUGCUCGCGCUUGUCGUCCUGCAGCUGUGCGCCCAGCGCGUGGCCUACGUGAUUGCACCUGUAUCUGGCUCCACUUCGGGAUUCAAGAAGAGCGCCUUAGGAGCAACCAGGCCGGUGUCCGUUGCACGCUUCUUUAGGCUUCUGCGGCCCAUGGUGCUUGGAUUUGUCGCAUACGUGGCCUUUAUCCUGCUAGUGGUUGCUGGUUUUCUGGUAGCAAUGAUGUCGCCACAUGUGGAGGGAUCGAUGUCUCAGGGGGAAGUGGUUGGUUCGGUGAUCAUGGAUGUGGGGAUAUUUGGUUCGCACGCGACAGCUUGCUUUGUUAUGAUGCCAGCUCUCGUUCUUAGUUUCUGGAGGGAGUACCAGGCAGACAGGAAAGCACCAUCGCAGUUCUGUUGA